AUGUUAAAGAACAUGAGAUCUGACACACGGAUGGGUAGCCCGACCUUGUUUUGGGGUCUGAUGCUCUCUGUCUCCACUAUCUGCAUCUGGUCCACACAUGGAGAGAUCUGUGGUCCGAGUAUCGACAUACGAAAUGAGAUCAACGAGUUCAGGCGGCUGGAGAACUGUACGGUGGUGGAGGGCUACCUGCAGAUCCUCCUCAUCAACGACAAGACCAACAACAUCCACCAGGAGGGCUUUCGCUCCCUCAGUUUCCCAAAGCUGACCGUCAUCACCGACUACCUGCUGCUGUUUCGCGUGGCGGGCCUGGACAGCCUCAGCAUGCUCUUCCCCAACCUGAGUGUCAUACGUGGGCGCAAUCUCUUCUACAACUACGCCCUGGUGAUCUACGAGAUGACCAGCCUGAAGGACAUCGGCCUCUACAACCUAAGGAACAUCACCCGGGGAGCCAUGCGGAUUGAAAAGAACCCUGAGCUCUGCUACCUGGACUCAGUGGACUGGUCUCUUAUUAUGGAUGCCGAGGUCAACAACAUUAUCAAUGGGAAUAAGAAGGCAAAGGAGUGUGACAAUGUCUGCCCGGGCAUCAUGGAGGAUAACCCUCUUUGUCAGAGGACGUCAUUCAAUGAAAACUACGACUACCGCUGUUGGACCUCCAGCCAGUGCCAGAAAGUUUGCCCAGAAAACUGCAAGCUUUCCUGCACAGACCAGGGGGAAUGUUGUCACAGCCAGUGCCUGGGCAGCUGCACUGAACCGAACAACGACAUGGCCUGCGCCGGCUGCCUCCACUACUACCACGAGGGUCACUGUGUGCCGGACUGUCCUCCGGACACUUACAAGUUUGAGGGCUGGCGUUGCAUCACCAUGGACCUGUGCUCCGGAGUGCACCUGCUUGGCGAUAAUCACUUUGUCAUCCACGGGGGAGAGUGUAUGCCCGACUGCCCCUCUGGCUUCACACGCAAUGAGACAAAUCGUAUGUUAUGCAAUGCAUGCAAUGGCCCGUGUGAUAAGCCCUGCACAUCGCCUGUCAUCGACUCUGUGGAUGCUGCUCAGUCCCUGAAGGACUGCACCAUCAUCGAAGGCAACCUGGACAUCAACAUCCGCCGUGGAAAUAACAUAGAGUCUGAGCUGGAGAGCUUCAUGGGAUUGAUUCAGAAAGUGACGGGCUAUGUGAAGAUUCGCCACUCCCACGCACUUGGCUCGCUGUCCUUCCUCAAGAGCCUGCGUUACAUCAAUGGGCACGAACUCAUCGACAACAUGUAUUCGUUCUCCGCCAUCGAUAACCAGCACCUGCAGUACCUGUGGGACUGGAGUCAACACAACCUGACUAUUGAGAAUGGACGUCUCUUCUUCCGUCUGAACCCCAAACUCUGCAUGUCUGAGAUCCACAAGAUGUGGGAGAAGACAGGUAUUGCUGUGAAGCCAGAGGAGGGAGAUUUCCGUAACAACGGUGAACGAGCCAGCUGUGAAAGUCAUAUCUUGAAGUUCAAGUCUAACAUCACGUUAAGCCAUACGAUCAGGCUGACAUGGGAGCGCUACCGGCCGCCGGACUACAGAGACCUUAUCAGCUUUAUAGUUUACUACAAGGAGUCCCCGUUCAAGAACAUCACAGAAUUUGACGGGAAGGACGGCUGUGGCUCAAGCUGGCACAUGGUAGAUGUGGAUUUCCCUCAGGACAAAAUCAAUGACCCUAAAGUCAGUCUUCAACAACUCAAGCCCUGGACCCAGUAUGCCAUAUUUGUGAAGGCUAUUACUCUGCAGGUGGAGGACAAACACAUUGCUGGAGCAAAGAGUGAUAUAAUCUACAUUCGCACUCGUCCAUCGCUGCCGUCUAUGCCCAAAGACGCCCGUGCAUAUGCCAACUCCUCGACCAGGCUAAUGGUGAAGUGGUCACCUCCAGCCUUUCCCAACGGCAACCUCACGUUCUACCUGGUCCGCUGGCAGCAGCAGCCUGAGGACAGGGAGCUCUACCAACAUAACUACUGCUCCAAGGAGCUGAAGAUCCCGAUCCGUAUCCCAGCCACAGGGUUCACGGACAUGGAGGACAGCACCAAGCCCACCAAGUCAGACAUGGCAGGGGCAGAGAAGGGCCCAUGCUGUGCUUGCCAGAAGACUCCUGAGGAGAAGGACAGGGAGAAGGAUGACCGCGUCUUUUUCAAAAGUUUCGAGAACUUCCUUCACAAUGCCAUCUUUCUGCCCAGACCUCCAGAUCGUCGACGUAGAGAUCUUUUUGGUGUGGCAAACACCACACUCAAUGACGGUUUUGGCGGGGGCAACACCAGCCUUGGUCCAGGGGAUAACCGCACAUAUGGCAUUCCUCCCAUCAGGGAGUACCCCUUCUCAGAGGAGAAGAGCACAGCAGAAUAUUUAGAGAUCUCCAACAUGCGGCCCUUCACGGUCUACCGCAUUGACAUCCAUGCAUGUAACGAGGAGGUGGGGCGCUGCAGCGCUGGAGCCUUCGUCUUCUCCAGGACCAAACCUGCAGUCAAAGCAGAUGACAUCCCUGGAAAGGUGAUCUAUGAGAGGAGUGACAAGGUUGAAGGUUGUGUGAUGCUGCACUGGCCAGAGCCCUUCAUGCCCAACGGUCUCAUCCUGAUGUAUGAGAUCAAGUUCCAUCUGGGGACAGAGCCUGAGAAACAUGAGUGUGUGUCGCGGCGGCAGUACCGCGAGCACCAAGGAGCUCGGCUGACCAACCUGGGCUCAGGGAAUUAUUCUGCUUAUGUGCGCGCCACUUCACUAGCAGGGAACGGCUCCUGGACAGAGAGCGUGUCCUUCUACGUGCCUCCACCCAAACGAGAUGAUGGUGUUACGUUCUACUUGGUCAUCAUAAUUCCCAUUAUAGUGACACUUUUCAUUGCCAGCCUUACCACGAUUGUCUUCUUUGUGAACAAAAAGAGGAAUAGCGACAGAUUGGGGAACGGAGUCCUUUAUGCGUCUGUCAACCCGGAGUACUUCAGUGCUGCUGAAAUGUACGUCCCAGAUGAGUGGGAGGUGGCCAGAGAGAAGAUCACAAUGCACAAGGAGCUGGGACAGGGCUCCUUCGGCAUGGUGUACGAAGGCCUCGCCAAGGGAGUGGUCAAGGAUGAACCGGAGACUCGAGUGGCCAUCAAGACAGUCAAUGAGUCGGCCAGCAUGAGGGAGCGCAUUGAGUUUUUGAACGAAGCCUCUGUUAUGAAGGAAUUCAACUGUCACCAUGUGGUGCGGCUGCUGGGCGUGGUCUCUCAGGGACAGCCAACCUUGGUGAUUAUGGAGCUGAUGACCCGUGGAGAUCUCAAGAGCCACCUGCGCUCUCUGCGCAAAGAAAAUUCCACCAGCCAGGUCCUACCCCCGCUCAAAAAGAUGAUCCAGAUGGCAGGGGAAAUUGCCGACGGCAUGUCGUACCUAAAUGCCAACAAAUUUGUCCACAGAGAUCUGGCAGCCAGGAACUGCAUGGUAGCUGAGGACUUCACUGUAAAGAUUGGAGAUUUUGGCAUGACCAGAGAUAUUUAUGAGACGGAUUACUACCGAAAAGGAGGGAAGGGCCUGCUGCCUGUCCGCUGGAUGUCUCCAGAGUCGCUGAAAGAUGGCGUGUUCACUACAAUGUCUGAUGUUUGGUCAUUUGGUGUCGUGCUGUGGGAGAUCGCCACCUUAGCAGAACAGCCUUACCAGGGCAUGUCCAAUGAACAAGUGCUGCGCUUCGUGAUGGAGGGAGGACUCUUGGACAAACCUGACAACUGCCCUGACAUGCUGUUUGAGCUUAUGAGGAUGUGCUGGCAGUAUAAUCCCAAGAUGCGUCCGUCCUUCCUGGAGAUCAUCAGCAGCAUCAAGGAUGAUCUGGAUCCUCCCUUCAGGGAAAUGAGCUUCUUCUACAGCGAGGAGAACAAGCCGCCGGACACCGAGGAGCUGGACAUGGAGGUAGAAAACAUGGAGAACAUUCCACUGGACCCUGCUUCCACCAGGCAGCCCUCUGCUGCUGCGGCCGCCGCACCUUCGUCGGGCUGCACGGCAGGCACGCCGCCUCCGACCGCCCAGCAGUUAUCCCCCAUGCAAGGCCCAAGUACUCCAUUAUUGGGACCCGUGUCUCCCUCCUCCCCGGGCCCCAUUGCCUCAGCCUUGGCGUCUCCAGGCCAAGCCUUGGACAAGCACUCAGGACAUGUUUCGGCCAACGGGCCUGUGGUGUUACUACGGCCAAACUUUGACGAGUUGCAGCCCUAUGCACACAUGAACGGGGGCAGAAAAAAUGAACGGGCGUUACCACUGCCCCAGUCGUCGGCCUGCUGAUAUCAGACCAGCCCUUCCUCCUCCUCCUCCUCCUCCUCCUCUUACACAGGGUAACACAAACCUCUCCUCCAUCUCUUAAGGAGGGAUGGAUGAGGUAAGAAAUGACUUCCUUCUACUGUGUGCCAGUAGAUGGUCUCUCCACUCCUUUAAGGUCAAACAUAAACUCUAAAAACUGAGAGUAGAGAAACCUGCUAAAGCAUUUAGGAGUUUAGCGGCUCAGGCUCAACACUGGGGAACUCCUUCCUGUGCCGCCUGGGUUUCAGCCGUUGUUACAUAAGUCCUUCGAGAAGGAACACAAUACAGGCAUGUAUCCUGACAUACAGAUGGAGACAUAAACUUAAGGAAAACUUUUUUUUAGCAUAUCUGCCAGCAAAUCCAACAGAAGAGCACUUUUUCACGAUGAUUUCAGAGAGGAUGUUGUGGAUAUCUGAGUGUGUAUUUAUACUAAACACGUGAUUCUCUCUAUAAUAUGGCUCCAUUUCUAAAAGACUUUCCAUCAAAAUGACUUUGUUUGCAUGAGCGGGCCGGCUCAUGUCAUGUGAGGAUGCCUCAAUUAGAAAGUUUGGACUACGAUCAUUGUCUCUUUUUCCUGUUGAUAUUUCUAUGAUCUCGUCAGGAGCGGGUCAAAAUGGAAGAGGAGGGCCUAUUGUGUAUCUGCCAAACUAAUGCCAAAUCAAACUUUUUCUUCAGUUUCACACAGGUCUCCCUUCUUGUUUAAGGCAUUGAUUCAGAGUUGAGGCUGUCUGGUAAACAAAACCAGAGCAGUUUGGUGGUUUUCAGACUUAAUGCUUAUCUUGAGAACUAGCUGCCCCUGGACCAGCUGUGUGUGAGCGGUUACCACGGGACAGAAUACCGUGUUAUUCUACAGAAGGGUUGCAUUCACUCCUGCAUUGAAAAUGUCUCCGUAUAUGCAGCAUCUGCAUUGGGGGUGGAAUAAAUCUAGCAAGCCUUGAGAUACUUAGUGACACUAAAGUGAAUUGCAUAAAGAGAAGCGGACACAAAAGCAGUACUGUUUUAUUUAGGAUUGGAAAUGUAAGCAAAGACCUCUUUUAAUCAAAUUUAAAGUUCAUGUUUUUCAUAUCA